UUCACCAGAUAAGAAAGAUGACGACAGCGGCAACAGCACUUGUAAUCCUCUGUCUGAUUGGAGUGGCAGCGGCGUCUGGAUGCCUUCCAUACAACUGCAAGGUCACGUGUCCUGGUGCCUUUGACAUUGGUCAAAAUAACGCUGGAUGCAAGAUAUGUUUGUGCAAAGCAGUCUGCCCGCCAAUAGUGUGCCCAGCUCACUGUCCUCUUGGAACCGAAAUCGGCUCUGACAAGGACGGGUGUACAAUUUGCAAAUGCAAGGUAUGCCCGCCUCCACAAUGUCCAAAGCAUUGUCCGCUGGGAAACGAAUUCGGCAAAGACAUAAAUGGAUGUAAAACCUGCAAGUGUAAAGCAUGUCCACCUACAAAAUGUCCGAAGCAUUGUCCACUAGGGAAAGAGUUCACGGAAGACCAACACGGCUGCAUAACAUGCAAAUGCAAAGUAUGCCAGCAUCCAACGUGCCCUAAACAUUGCCAAUAUGGGAAUAUGUUCACACAAGACAAACACGGCUGUAUAUCGUGCUCGUGCAAAGAGUGUCCGGAUAUAAAGUGUCCCAAGCACUGUCCAUAUGGGAAGAAAUACGUGGAAGAUAAAAACUGGUGUGUGCUGUGUAGGUGCAGUGAAUGCCCGCCUACGACCUGUUUACAGGUCUGUCCAUAUGGGAAAGAUUUCUUUAUUGACAAAAACGGCUGCUUUAUAUGUAGGUGUAAAGAAUGCCCGCCCACGGACUGCCCACGCUACUGCAGGCGAGGCACAGAAAUAAUCAAAGACAAAAAUGGCUGCAAGAAAUGCAUAUGUAAACAAUGUCCGCUUGUCAAGUGUCCACACAACUGCAAGUAUGGCAGACAGUUUGUCACAGUAAAUGGAUGCAAAGUGUGCAAAUGCAAACCUUCGCGGUGUUCGGUUCCAAAGUGUCCCAAGUACUGUAAAUAUGGGAAAGUCUGGACGACCGUCAACAAAUGCCGUGUUUGUAAAUGCAAACCUUCGCGGUGUCCGUCUGCCAAAUGUCCCAAGUACUGUAAGAACGGCAAAGUCUGGACGAUCGUCAACAGAUGCACUCUUUGUAAAUGCAAAACUUCGCGGUGUACGGUUUCAACGUGUCCCAAGUACUGUAAACAUGGAAAGAUUUGGACGCGCGUCAACGGAUGCAGUGUUUGCAAGUGCAAAAGUCAGACUAAGCCUCGCACGUGUUCGGCCUGGAUGUGUAAGAUGUAUUGUCGAAACCGCUGGAGGAAGAAUAAAUGGAGGCUGAGUAGUUGGAGGGGCUGCACGUCGUGUCACUGCAGCUUUCAUAAAGGGAAGUAGGUCGGCUGACCUGAAUGAGUGACGCUUUAAUCGGCCAAUGAAAAACUCCAAUCUUCAUACAAGGCGUGGUCGACACUUAAUUUAUCAAUAAAUGUAAUUUAUAUCGUUAUAAGCGGAAACUUUUCGAAAUAAAUUUUUAGCAAAUA